CCAAACUGGCAUGACCUACUCCAAUGUCAGUCAUAUGUCAAAGUUUUAGGGCUCCGCUCACUCGCUUUAAUAGGUUAGGAUUAGCGGUGCGUUUUAUUUCGAAUAUGAGCACAAAAGCCCUUGUUUUCCUCGCCGGAGGCGCUGAAGAAAUGGAGGCUGUAAUCGCAAUUGACGUACUUCGCAGAGGCGGUGUGGAAGUAACAGUUGCAGGCCUACCGGACGCCAACAUCAUCAAGUGCAGCCGCGGUGUCAACAUUAAACCUGACAUUUCAAUCUGUGAGGCCAAAGGCCCCUUUGACGCAAUUGUCUUACCUGGGGGGCUAGGAGGGGCGAAGGCUUUGGCCGCGUCUAAAGAAGUAGGGGAGUUGAUUCGGGAGCAGGAGGCGGCGGGGCGACUCACGGGGGCGAUUUGUGCCGCGCCCACGGCCUUGAAGGCCCAUGGGGUUUAUGUGGGCAAGACUGUGACGUCGUACCCAGCCAUGGAGGCGCAAAUGCUCGAAGGUGGUCAAUAUAAAUACAAAAAGGAGCCAGUUGUGGUUGAUGGGACUCUGGUUACAAGUCAAGGGCCUGGCACUGCCUUCGUCUUCGCCCUAACCCUAGUGGACAAACUUGUCGGAAAGGACAAGGCGGCAGAAGUGGCCAAAGCCAUGCUUUUGUCGUAUUAACAAUUUAUUACUAUGGCACUAGAAACAAAUAAAUAACAAUAAUUAGUCGUUC